CGGCAACCCGCCGCCCGCGGAACAGCCCCCGUGACCGUGAACCAACCAGUUGUCCAGUUCCGCUCCGGCACUCCACCCACCCACCCAGCCACCCCACGCCCGCGAGCGACCAACUCCCCUCUCGAACGGUUCGGGCCUUUGCAGUCGACAGAUCGAUCAAUCAGCACCGACCACUCGCGACCCGAUUCGAAUCGAGCCAGAGUCCCAGGCAGCGGCGGCGGCGGCGCCCGCCUCCAAGACCACCUCCACCCGGACCCCAGCCCCAACCCCAAGGUCUCCCUCUCGUACCGUUCCCCGCUCUGCGCGCGCUCGUGCGUCAUAUCUGGCCUGCGAUUCAUUUCACGGCGCCGUGUGCCUCUAAUAUGGCUGGCGUCUGUGCCUCUUUGGUGAGGUUUUCGACUCCGUGGCUUUGCCUUCCCUCUAGAGACAGCGGGUGGUGUCUUCAGCCCUGAUGGCACCAUGUCAUGUGCGCGAUUGGAUCAUGGGGAUUCUGAUGGUUCACAGCGCUUCUUCACCUUCUCCGUCAAGGGUUCUGUAUGUUGCAAACCACGUUAACAGAUGGGGGACGUUGCGAAGGACUUGACGGCUGGGACCGUGGGAGGGGCUGCCAACCUCAUCGUCGGGCACCCGUUCGACACCAUCAAGGUCAAGCUCCAGAGCCAGCCCACCCCUGCUCCCGGACAGCUCCCCAAGUACGCCGGCGCCAUCGAUGCUGUGAAGCAGACGGUCGCGGCUGAAGGUCCGAGGGGCCUAUACAAGGGGAUGGGGGCACCUCUGGCCACCGUAGCGGCCUUCAACGCUGUCUUGUUCAGUGUCAGGGGGCAGAUGGAGGCGUUUCUCAGGUCAGAGCCUGGUGUGCCGCUGACAGUGAAGCAGCAGGUUGUUGCGGGCGCCGGUGCUGGAAUCGCAGUCUCCUUCUUGGCUUGUCCAACAGAACUGAUCAAGUGCAGGUUGCAAGCCCAGAGUUCCUUAGCCGAGGCAGCCACCGCUUCUGGUGUGGCUCUUCCCAAAGGUCCGAUCGACGUGGCGAAGCAUGUUGUCCGGGACGCCGGCGCCAAAGGUCUCUUCAAGGGCCUGGUCCCGACGAUGGGACGCGAGGUCCCUGGCAACGCACUGAUGUUCGGCGUGUACGAAGCCACGAAGCAGUACCUGGCCGGCGGCCCGGACACGUCGGGCCUCGGCAGGGGCUCCCAGGUCCUGGCGGGCGGCCUCGCCGGCGCCGCCUUCUGGCUGUCCGUGUACCCGACGGACGUGGUGAAGAGCGUGAUCCAGGUGGACGAUUACAAGAAGCCCAAGUACUCCGGGUCCCUCGACGCGCUGAGGAAGAUCGUGGCGGCUGAUGGGGUGAAGGGCCUGUACAAGGGGUUCGGACCCGCCAUGGCACGCAGCGUUCCAGCCAAUGCCGCGACAUUCGUGGCCUACGAGAUCACGAGAUCGGCGCUUGGUUGAUUUGAUUGGUGCUGGCCUUUGCCAUGGCCCUUUGCAGUUUAUUCAUUCUCCUUGCGCGGCUGGAGCAACGCGAACAAUGCGAGACAAUUUUAGGGAGGAAAGAGAGAGAGAAACUUUUCACUUCAAUGAUGAGAUUCUUUAAUGAAGCAAAGCUUACUAAAAGUUUGUUCAUGUGGAGCCACAGAGUGAGUGGUUGGUGACAGAUAAGUAAUACUGGCCUUGUCGUAAUGGUUGGUUGGCCUGGACUAGAGUGGGCAUCCGACGGUGAUCCGAUGGCGCGCGAGUCCGACUGGUGGUGCUUGUGAUGGUGAGCUGUGUGGCCCAUGGUUUUGUUGGCGUCUGGUGGUGGGUGGCCCUCGUCAGCUCGCAUUCGGCAUUCCCUUUUGCCCCCACAAUCCCACGUUCGCCUUGCCUCCUUUUUCUUCUUGGCCUAAAUUUUAUUCUUUUUCUCUCUCACACACACAAAUAUAUCAGUAUACCGUUCUCCUUUUAUUAGUGCCAGUAUGUAAUGGCAUGUUCGGCUGCCUUUCUAGCAGAUUUUUAUUUUAGUCUUUUUUCUAAAACUGUUAUUGUUGUUACUUGACUUCAAUUAUCAAAAAUCAAGGCAAUAUAAGUUAAAUAUUA